CAAGAAUUUAAAGUGUAAGUUUUAGCAUAGUUUGUUAAUAAAGUGUUAGGUAUAAAAUAAUAUUGUUAUGUGUAUAAAUAAUUCGUCUAUUUGUGUGAUUUCAGGACUGACACAUAAGAAUGAGACUGAGAGCACAACGCCCGGCAAGCGCUUCGUGUGUGAUCUGUGUCCGAGGGCUUCGUCUAUAUGAGGUACCUGCUAGCGCACCGCACGCGCGCGCACCCCGAAGCAGCCGCGCGCGCGCUCGCGCUGCGCUGCGCCACCUGCGCCAGAGAGUUCGCGCACCUCAACUCACUUAGAAGACACUUGAGAGCGCAUAGUGGGGAACGGAAUUUCUUAUGUUCUGUGUGUGGAAAGGCGUUGUCUUCGAGAGAGCAUCUGAAGUUUCAUCUGAGGAUACAUGCAGGGUAUAAGCCUAAUGUGUGUGGAACGUGUGGAAAAGGCUUCGUGAAGAAAUGUAACCUGACGUUACACGAGCGCGUUCACUCCGGGGAGAAGCCUCACGUGUGCAGCCACUGCGGGAAAGCCUUCAGCCAGCGGUCUACACUCGUCAUACAUGAGAGAUACCACAGCGGCGCGCGGCCUUACGUGUGCGCGCUGUGUGGACGCGGUUUUGUAGCCAAAGGACUCCUCUCCAUGCAUCUCAAGACUACUUGUAUCUAGCCAAUCAUACAGUAAUUUAGUGUGUAAGCGUGUCAACACAUCAAUCUUGUAUUAAAAUGACGAAAAUAAUACACUACGAUACAAGUGCGGAAAGAGAAAGUUCGCAACGAGUGGUGAUAAAUUAAAUCAUGACUGAAGGGAUUGUUUUAAAUAGACACGAGUUAAGAAUUUCUUUUCGUACGUGUGUUGUAAUUUGUACAUCGUUUUUCAGUACAGAUGGCCCUCCGAAGUUUCGACUUGACAUAGAUUAAUCACUUUUCGCAAUAAAUCAGUAAUGCGGGCAAAAACCACCAUGUACUGAAAACUGUAUUUUUCAGUACAGAUGGUGUUUUUUUUUACUCAUUAGUGCGACAA